UAGUGUGUUGUUGUUUUUUUUUCUUUACCUCUUGUUUCGAAUAAUUUUUUUUUGGGCUCCAAUAUUUGAUCAGCCCUUUUGAUUUCAGUCAAAUAUUUGAGUGCAUUUUUUAUUUCAUUUUAGAAUUUCGCAGGGCAAGUUUUGUGAAAUGAAUAUAUUUGAAAGAAAAGAACACAUUUUAAGGGUAUAGGUCUAAAACAACGUGAAAGGAUAUAAAAAUGCACUGUAAGGAUAUGAACACAUUUGAUGGAUACAUUCUGAAGGAAAGCAUUGGCUGUGGCGCAUCUCAUAGUUACGUUGCUUGGAGUCUUCACUGACCAGCUGCACAUAAUUAUGGCCACUGCCCUACCGUUGUGCAUAAUUCUACUUGGAUGUUGUCUUUGCCUUGAAGUAGCAAAAGGGCAACCUUAUUAUGAUCCCGAAGGCAACUACUAUGAUCUCAAUCCGUCCGCCCCGGACGUCGGCGUCACGUCCGAGCCUUCUACAGCAUUGGCGAAAACGACUUCACGAGCCAGCGGCAACGACUCCAAAGACUCACACCCGGGUGUUUCCGGAAGUCACUAUUACGACGAGUUCAUGCGACGCGACGAUGUUCCGGACGUGAAGUACCUGGAAGACACGGGUGCCAGCAAAGAGGAGGAGGAUUACGCGCCCCUGCCCAGGGCAAUGGAGCCAGAGAUGAUCUUCAACCACGCCUACAAGAACAACGCCACACAGCCGCCUCGCAGCACGUUCGCCCAGACGGAUGGGCUUAUGGUGCGAAUCUCGAAUCGCACCCAACACGAGGCUGGAAACAUUUCCUGUGACGUGGUGAGCAAUGCCGGAUGUGACGUCAUACACUACGAACGGUGCGACCCAAAAACGAGAUCGUGCCAGUGUCUGAAAGGCUUUUUACGCGAGACAGCUGCAGGCGGGCAAGGAGCUUGUAAAGCUGCCAGUUUCUAUCAUGGUCAUCUGACUGUCAAUGCCCCAGGAGUUGACCAAAGUUACUCCGUAGAACAGCUUCAGCCAAUCAAGUGGAGGCUGAUGACCUUGAUUCAACUCACUUUUACGAAGCAGAACAUCCGGGGCGUAUUAGAUCUCGACAUUCACUCCAUCGAGAAGCAAGGUCAGCGAAUGACAUUGAAGUUUGAGCUCACCAUGGACAAGUCCUUGACCUCCGGACUGGGAGAAAUACAAAAUGUACUAAGCCAGCAGUUGAUGGUGACCCCGAGGGGCGACAUGCUCCUAGAAUCUGAAGUGAAAGGGGCAUUAGUCAACAACAGCGAAUAUUCUAGUUUGUUCUCUCCCCUUGUUGAAAUUAACCCCUGCAUCAACAGUGAUCACAACUAUUGCAGCACGCACGCUAUUUGUUCUUACGUUGGCGACGCUGUGACCUGUCAAUGUGAGAAUGGCUUUGAUGACCCUACACCUAACCUAUAUAGACUUCCCGGUGAACAUUGUGUGGAAAAAUGUCAUUGUCAAAAUGGUGGGCUAUGUGUAGAUGACGACAUCUUAUCUGGUACUAAACAAUGCAGCUGCUUAAAAUGGUAUUUUGGAACACAGUGUGAAAUUGACGGAAAAGAAGUUCUGGUGAUCUGCUGCAGCAGCAUUGGGAGCCUGGUUGUCCUUAGCCUUCUGCUAUGUUGCUGUUACUACUUUUGCAGCAAACACAAAGACAGCAAUGUGAGAUCAAGGAUGCUUCAUUUCUCACCGGAUAUCAGUAUCCUCAAACUACCCAGAGUCUGGAUGGACACCACAACAAGCUUUCAUGAACAUGAAUUGUCACCUGAGAAUAACCGAAGAAUUAGCAUAACCUCAGAGAGUAACCCUUAUUUUGAUGGUUAUAUUUUGGAAGAUAUACCUUUGAGCACCUUACCCAGACAUGCAGAAGCCCAUUCACCAUAUUAUCAAACUACUUUGGGACAUCAUCAAGCAACUAUGUCCUCACAUUCAUUCUACAGAUAUUGAUUCAUGUUCAACUGUUUUUAAAAUUUGAACCAACUUAGUUGUACCACUGUUAGCUAAGAACAGAUCAAGAUGAUUGUCUGAAGUUUGUUGCUUUGAAUGUCUGCAUAUUGGGCACUUGGUGAACAUCAUGGCAUUUCUAAGACAUUGUGUGCCUUUCUUGAGCUAUCACUGCAUUACAAUUAUGACAUUGUCUUUCAGCCUAUCUCGAAUCAUAUUUGGUCUUAUUUACAAAUAAUUUAGUUUAUAACAGAUCUGUGGCAUUUUACGUCUCAACAGACAAUCUUUACCCUUUGCAACAGAUAAGGAACAUUUAAUUUUGCACUGUCUUUCUUUAGCUGCGUUACUGUAUGGACAUUGUCUUUCAGAGUUUACUAAAAGAAAUAAUUCUUCACAAUGGCGACUUUUAUAAAUAAAUUUUUUAAAUAUUGUAUUUUGAAAUUCAGAUUGUGACAUUUUUUAAAUAACUAAUCUUCAUCACCUGUUCCAGCACUUUUAGACUUUUUUUUUUAAAGGGCCUUAUCUUGGCCAAAUAAGAUUUACAUUAAUAAAAUAAAAUAAAUUUGCCAAAUACUUGAGAAAGUAUGUCCACUGAUUUGUUGUCAAUAACCAUAAAAUUCUGAGAGAACAGGGAGAGAGAGAGAGAACAUAAAGAUGAACCAUGCCUAGGCGUAUAAAAAUUAAUAUGCAUGUUUUGCUUUUAAAGAGAUUUUGCUUGGAUACGUAUGAUGGUUUUUUACAAACUUUAGUUGCUGUGCUUUCAUGAUUUUUUCUUUUUUCAAAUAUCUUCAGGAUUGAAGAUGUCAUUUAAUGUUCUUAUCUUACAAUGUAUAAUUACAAGAUGUGGCAAAAUAACUGAAGACAACUUUGUUGAUUCUUUCUGAAAUACUUUAGCUGUUAUUGAAAUACAUAGAUCAACUUCCUUCAUCUGGUAGUGCAGUUUAAUUCCAUACCUUUGUUUGCCAAUAAAAGAAAACUAUUUGACUUAGAGUGCAUUAAUAAAAAAAAUUAAACUUGAGAGUCCAUUCAACCCAUUUGUCAGCUAAUAAGGACUUGGGAGGAAUU